AUUCUUUUUCUUUUUGAAGAAAACUACCCUCUACACCUUUUUUCUUUCUAUUUGAAAAAAAAACAAAAGUAGUUUACCCUAUACACACUUUUUAUUCUAAAAAAAAAGAAAGAAGAAGGUUGUAAGAAACUUAUAUGUCAUUGAAUUGGAAGCUGAUAAACGAAGAGAAAGAAAGCAUAGAGCAGCAUCAAUUACACCAUUUUAAAGUCAAAAAGAAGCAACAUUUUAUUUUUUAACAUCCUAUUAUUCUGAACUUAUUAACUAUCCAAUAUGGCUGCUAUUAACGUAAGACGUGACGUACAAGACUCCUUUUAUCGUUACAAGAUGCCUCGCCUCACAGCAAAGGUUGAAGGUAAAGGUAAUGGUAUCAAGACUGUCAUUACAAACAUGGCUGAAAUUGCCCGCGCUUUGUCUCGCCCUCCCUCCUACCCUACAAAAUACUUUGGUUGUGAACUUGGUGCCCAAGUGAAAUGUGAUGAUAAAAACGAACGUUACAUUGUAAACGGUGAUCAUGACGCUGCUAAACUCCAAAACACACUUGAUGGUUUCAUCAACAAAUUCGUCUUGUGUCAAUCCUGCAAGAACCCUGAAACUGAUAUCAUCAUCAAGAAUGAUGAAAUCUUGAUGGACUGUAAAGCAUGUGGUGCCAGAAACGGUGCUGAUAUGCGUCACAAGCUCUCUGCUUUUAUUGUCAAGAACCCUCCUGCUGUUGCCUCUAAAAACGUGCGUAAACAACGUAAGGCAGCUACUGCCCAGGCCAACAAUACCGGUGAAGAUGCCGAUCAUGCCAACAAUGCCGCUGACAACGAUGGUAAUGGCUCAGAUGACGAUAUCAUUUCUCAACGUAUUCAAAAGCAAGCUGCUGGUCUCAACAUGGAAUCUAAGUUAGCUCUUGAAGACUGGUCUGAAGAUACAAGUGAAGCUGCUGUUGCUCAACGUAUGAAGGAACUUUCCGUCAAGGGUUCUGGCGCUUUUGCUGGUGACGAUGAAGAUGAAGAUGCCGGUGAAAACAAAUACGAAUCCUUUGGUGUCUGGCUUUUGGAAAACAAGGGUAAUCAUUCUGAUGCUGAAGUUCUUGAAAAGGCUGAAGAAUUGGGUGUCCUUGGUAAAUACAAGGCCUGUCAGGUGUUAAUUCAAGGUCUCUUUGAUGAAAACAUUGUGAGCCAGAUUCCUAAGCGUGCUAAGUUACUUCAAAAAUUUGUUAUUGAUGAAAAGUCUCAAAAGGCUACAUUAGGUGGUAUUGAGCGUCUUGUUGGUAUGGACUACAAGGAUUCUCUUUUGAAAAAGGUACCUACCAUUUUGAUGAAGGUUUAUGAUUUGGAUAUUAUUGAAGAUGAAGUCUUCCUCAAAUGGGGUGAGAAGCCAUCUAAGCGUUAUGUUGAUCGUGAUGUCUCCAAAGAAAUUAAAAAGGCUGCUGCUCCUUUCCUGGAAUGGCUUGAAAAUGCAUCUGAAGAAGAGUCCUCCGAAGAAGAGUCUGAUUAAUUAAUAUGCUAUAAUUUGAAUAAAUGUUAGUUUAUCUCAUUUUUUAUGCAAUUGCAUCAUUCCAUGUCACAAAGUCUAGAUAUAGGCUUCUUUAGUGAUAGGCAG